UCCACCGCUCGGCCUGCGCACGCGCAGCUGGAGACGGCCGAGUAAUAGAGCGGGGCCGCCUAGCGGAGAGCCGAGCUGCGGAGAAGAGCGGAGGGCGCCCAGAGCGGAAGUGGAGGAGCGGCCGGAAGUAGCCUGAAUCCCAGUCUGACUGACCGGCUGACAGGCUUUGACAGGAACCGGAGCUGCGAGAAGGAGUUGGUGGCCAUGGAGUUGGGCGAGCUGCUUUACAACAAGUCCGAGUACAUCGAGACGGCAUCUGGAAACAAAGUUAGUCGCCAGUCCGUAUUGUGUGGAAGUCAGAACAUCGUUCUAAAUGGCAAGACCAUUGUGAUGAAUGACUGUAUUAUCCGAGGGGAUCUAGCAAAUGUAAGAGUUGGACGUCAUUGUGUUGUGAAAAGUCGGAGUGUCAUAAGGCCACCGUUCAAGAAAUUCAGCAAAGGCGUUGCAUUCUUUCCUUUACAUAUCGGGGACCAUGUCUUUAUUGAGGAAGAUUGUGUGGUCAACGCAGCUCAGAUUGGCUCUUAUGUUCACGUUGGCAAGAACUGUGUGAUUGGGCGCCGAUGUGUGUUGAAAGAUUGCUGCAAAAUUCUUGACAACACAGUAUUACCCCCAGAAACUGUGGUGCCACCAUUCACCGUCUUCUCAGGCUGCCCAGGUGGCCACCCUCCCAUGUGUUCUGCCAUAGUCGCCUCUCGGUCUUGUGUCCUCAUCUUCUCUUCUUACAAGGACACCAGUCAGAUCAGCCCUUGCAGAUAAAAGGCCUGGAGGAGAAGAGGUGAUUGAAAGAAUGUUGUUGGGUUGCUGAACGUCGGGGCCCGAAGAUUUUGUAACAGUGGAGAAAAGUACUGGCACCUGGGGAGCCUUUGGCAAGUGGUUGGGGGGCAUUUAUGACCUUGGUUCUUCAGAACUCUAUCAGGAAGCUUUCUGUUCUUCCUGACAGAAGACUCCAGAGCUGCCUUUCCAUGCACUGGAGCGCUUUGAGCUCAGACUGCUGAGCCUGUGCUCACAGCUCGCAGCACUGCCUGACAACAGAGGGGCUGGGCUCCUGCACUUCCCACACAGAACGCACACUCACGAGAUGCAUACACCUGUAUCAUAGACAAGCAGAACCAAGGGCUGGUUGGAUCUUUCAGACUGAAUUGGAAACUCCAGGGCAGGAGGCCACGUGGCAGGAGGCUUACAUUGGGUGUCCUGUUAACCUCCACCACCUAACAUAUGCCCUGCUUGAGGUACCCUAACAUUGCAAACUCGUUUCCAGGGGGACCAUGUACCCUCUGGGAGUCUACUUCUGUCUCUGUGCCCUCUCGCCACACUGCCUUAGCCCUGGAAGGCUUCAGAUCAGCUUGAACUUGCUGGCCACAGCCUUGCUGUACCUGAAUUGGUAUCUCAGGCCAGGUAAAAAUGAAUCAUACAGAAGUUUAGUGAGGGAGCCACUUGACUUUCUAAGAUAGACUGUUGUUUUUAUUUAAUUGAGGUAUAGUUGACAUAUACCAUAUCUAAAAUAUUAGAUUAUUUUAAUGGGAUUAUUAUGGGUUAUUGGGAUUUAUUUUAACUGGCUAAAUGUAGGACCUUUAAGGAGCAUAACUGAGAUCAGUACUGCAGGUUGGUCUCAUCCUUUUGCAUGGGGUCCUACUGAUAAUAAACUUGCUGUAUAGAAGCCUGGGCCAACGGCCAAGGUGGGGGCCAGUGCAGAAGAGAGUUAACAGAGUAGGCCUGAGACUGCUGUCCUUGUUUGCAAUGCUGACUCUUGGCUGACAUCUGGGUAAUUGGAUUUCGGGAGGAUUCUCAACAUUCCCUAAAUGAUAAGAGUGGCUCACUCUGCCUAAACUGUGCAAACAAUAUGGUUUAUGCUGAAUACCUGCUUUCCUUCCAGGAAUCCAGAAUUUGGGUAUGUGCUAGGCAGAGGGUGCCUACUUGACCGGCCCCCAGUAAAAGCCCUGGAUGCUGAGUCUCUAAGGAGCUUCCCUGGCAAAUAACAUUUCACACUUGUUAUCAUAACCCACUGCUGGAGGAAUUGUGUCCUGUGGAACUCCACUGGGAGAGGGCUCUGAGAAGCCUGCGCCUGGUUUCCUCUGCACUUUGUUCUAUGCACCUUUUCCCUUUGCUGAUUUUGCUUGGUAGCCUUUCGCUGUAAUAAAUUAUAGCCUGCUGACAGUAAGACUA